GAUCGUUGAUAUCGAACACAUGCAAGAAAUGGUUGCUGUGAUUUGAAGGCUUCGGGCGCGUAACAGGUGAAUGAAGGUGCAAGGACUUUGAGAGUGUUUAUGCGCCUUUGGCAGCUGUUUGAAAAGGAGAGGACAGAAUUUGUGUGCUAAUUUUAACUUGAACAACUUGACUCCUAGUCGAGAUGCUUAAAGGAAACGCCAGGCACUUUCCGCUCCACUGUGCGCUUUGUAGUAGGCAGCCGGUACCGGUCGGGGAUUGCGAGGUCUACCAGAACCAAUGCACAAACACUGCGAGUCCUGCUACAGCCGGCGCUGCAGGGCGCGGGUGGAGGCGGGCGUGUGCUGCGCCCUAGUGGCGUGCCGCCUGCACUGCGGGGCACUCUUCCAUUCGUGCAAGGAGGAGGGGCACCUGUUACUGUGCCCCUGCGCCCACGUGCCAUGCCUCAACGCCGCCUAUGGCUGCCCUGUCCGGCUGCCCCGUGCCCAGCUGGCCACCCACCUGCAGGCGUGCCCUGCCAGCGUGGUGGUCUGUUGCAUGGAGUGGAACCGUUGGCCCGCCAUCGACGCACACUGGUACCCGAAUCCUGACCUUCACCGCAACCUGAUGGGGAAAUGCCAGGAGGGGGCGUGUCAGGACCAGGACCUGGACUUGGCCCUGGCGCUUAAGGACCAGAAGCGCUUGUUCUGCUCACUGAAGAUGAAGAAACUUUUCCCAGAACUGACCCGGUGUACUGAAGAAGAGGAUCAAGAGGAGGAGAGGAUGAUGAAAGAGGAAAAGAGGAAGAAGCAGGAGAAGAAGGCCACCUUGGAGAAGGAGGCUGCAUCAAAGAUCUGGGAGUCUUUCAGUCCUUUUCAAGUCAGCGUUAUUCCUGAGGAUGAAAAUGAAGAUAAAGAAGAGACAGAAGAGGAAGUGGAGGAACUGAGUGAGCAGGAGUGGGAGGCCCUGGCCUGGGAGCCUCAGGGGGUGAGUGAAGAUCGACUGCGGGACUUUAAUGCCUGGGAGAGCAUGUUUAGCAUGGCCAUGGGCGGCUGCAGGGAGGCGGGCAGGGGCCAGCAAGAGGUCCCGGGCGUUGCAGAGAAGUCUGGUGGUGCCGCAGAGGAGCCCACGCCUGUAGGGUCUCCCCCUUGUCGCACCCGCCCCCCCGAGAAAAAGGACCUCCUGUACAAUCACGUAGAGCCCAUGAAGAUUGUGGCCGUAAGAACCUUCAAGGUUCCCAGCAGUUUCUCGGCCAAGCAGGGUCGCAUCCGCAACCCGGGAUUCUAUAGGAGGGAUCACAAGGCUGUGGACACCUCAGACCUGCAGGGGGCGUCAGAGAACAUGCCCGUCUGGGAUGAGGUUCAGGCGUCGCUACUGUGCUCUUUGGAGAAGGAGCAGCGAGGUCACCUGAUUGCUGAGACGCUUUGCACCGACGGCCUACUCCAGGACGAGGGCACGCAGACUUUCCAGUUCCUGUCGGCGCCCUUCGCCAGCGUCGCCUCCCUGGCGGACCUGACGGCCGGCCGGCAGGGCGAGCUCCACCUGCAACUGCAGCUGGAGAACGUCAGCAGCCGCCAUCACAAAGCCAGCUCCGCCUUCACCGCCGUGUGCGGGCACGCCGUCCGCAGGCGUGAAUACGCCGCGCAUUACAAGAACGUGCACAGCGACAUCCAGAUGAACGUCAACGGAUGGUUCCAGCACCGGUGUCCACUGGCGUACUUGGGCUGCACCUUCAGCCAAACCAGGUUCACGCCAUCCACACACCAGGCCAGCGUCGUCUUCACGGAGGACCUGGGCUGCUUCCAGCUACGUCCUGUCAGCCUAAGCGCUGAAAGUCACGUGACUUCCUGUGAUGCUCUGAGCUCCCUACCCUUUGAGCUCCUGUGUCACGUGGCGACUUUCCUGGACAGUCUGUCGCUGUCCCAACUGGCUCUGGUGUCUCGUCUCAUGAGGGAAGUUUGCUCCACACUGCUGCCCACACGAGGGAUGGUCUCGCUACGCUGGGAGGGGACUGCCCACCCUGAAGUGGGGGUUCGAUGGAGUGCGGAGCGCAAGGUGUGGCACUUCAGCAGCACCUUCUCCGCUGUGGACACGUGGAAAUUCCGAGACAUUCCGUCCAUGUCGGAGCACCUGAGUUGUUGUCCUUACUUCGAGCGCGAGAGGAGAAGCGAGCGCUUUCUGCUGCCACUGCUGCUGGACGACAAGUGCAGACAUCGGAGGAAUGCACUCAAAGCAAGAGCACUAAUUUAGAGGGUUAGCAUUAGCCCACAUUAGCAUUAAGUAAGGGUUAGCGGUUGUUUGAAAACAACAAGGUGUUCAUUUGCUUUCUUUAGUUUUGUUUUCUAGUAAACUUGAGUGACCUUACGCAG